UAUUACCAGUGGGCAGUGUUUAUGAGCCAAGUAUCGCUUGCUAUUUGAAAAUAAAUCAAUAAAAAUGGUGAACAUUAAAAGUCACAGUUUGAAAUUCGUGUUUUUCCUAUUUUGCUUGUCACAGGUACAAGCUGGCACAAAACUUCUUCCUGAAAAAACAGACAAUCCAUUUGAUGAAUUAUUCAGAGAGAUCUCCAAGUCAGUCACCAAGGUUACCGAGAAGAUCCGAUUAAGACUAACGGAAUCUGAAGUCCAUGUCGAUAAAUAUUUCGAUAAUUUAAAAGAAAACGCCGAAAACACAAAUGAACAAUUCCAAGAAGUUCUUCAAAAGGUUAGUUUAAUUUUUUUUAUUUAUUCACUUGAAAUCAGAACAUUUACAAAACAUUUAAAAUGCUCAUGAAGAGUAAAUUUAAAA